AUGAGCACUGCCGACGUUUAUGGGUUGGCCUUCGGGUCUAUACUUUUAAUUAGCGUAUCCAUAUCGUGCGGUGCUCUUGUCAUUUUUGGUGGAUUGAGGCAUGCAUUCCCGGAGAUUUUUCAGCCACAGCGGCACAGACAGCACACCCUUAGCAGAUUUCCUUGGUUCAUCGACGUCUUUAUUCGUCCUCUGGAGGAGUUUGCGAGGAGGGGAGAUCUAGUGCUUCUUUAUAUCCUGCAUCAGACUGCAGUUAUCAUCAUGCUCUUCAUUCUCUCGUCAUUCAGUGUGCUGGUCUUGAUUCCCGUAUACUGGCGUGGCACCAUGCAGGGGAGCCUGGGCUCCGGGUGGUCAUCCAUAACUAUCUCUCAUCUGGAAGGAAAUUGCUUGGCGUAUCUCUUCCCGUUAGUAGCAACGUUCAUCUAUAUGUUUAUAAUUCUGUUCUAUUAUACCCAACUCAGAAGCUUCUGCGUGCGCAUUCAGCAGAGCCUACCACCUCCACGCUACGUACUUCUUCUUCACCUUCCCAAAGAGCUUCGCUACAUACAACCGCUUCAGACAGCGUGCCAGCUAAUGUACGGAGAAACAUUGCGCUGGAUAAUACCCGUAACGCAGCGUUUUCAUACUGCUGUUAGAUGCAUCAAAAAGCAAGACCGCCUAGUACACCGAGCAAGCGUAAAGCUCUGCGAAUGCGAAUGGUACAGUUGCGCCUUGCAAAAGGAAAUGCAGAUGAUGACAACGCGCGGGCCGCUGCUUAACAAGCUACUUAAUAUGAAGCGGAUACGAGCCGCUAAAAGAUUUGGACGGAGCAAAUAUUCCUUUAGCCAGCUUCUCCAUAAGUUGGAUGGAGCGCAAGAAGAGCUGGACCUCAUACUUUUGGGGCAGCCAAUUAGCUCCGCGCAAUAUCAACUGCGCAUGGAGCAGAUAGAGUACCCUGACUUUUCUGACUACCAGUGCCUACGUGCACUAGGCAGUGAUGCGUGUGAGAGGAAUGAUUGGCAUGAGCACCCUUCAGAGGAUUCUACCAAUUUAACUCAGUGGUUCCGAGGGCUUAAGGUCAUGUCUGCAGUGCUUGAAUUUCAAGAUCCAGCUGCUGCGCACAAGGCGGCACAGAUGUCUUUCUCUUCUAACGCAUUUAAGCCUAGGGUCCUCGCUGUCUCUCCUCAGCAUGUUGUGUGGAGUAACCUUCAAGUACCCGAAACGCUUCGUGCAGCCUUUCAGGUCCUAUAUGUUCUGCUAGUGUUAAUAUACCUAACCAUAUACUUCUUUCCGUCCACAACUCUCGUCAAUCUUGUUAACAAACAUUCAGCCACAUGGUUUCAACAGAUUUACGGAGGCAUGUGCUCACCCCAAAGAAACAGGUGCAAGGCCCAGCCAUCCAUCAGUGGCGAGACAAGGAGCUCGAUUGGCAGCACGACUUGCUAUGCGUGUUACAAAAUUACAAGCUACAUGAUAGUCUUUUUGCCGACGGUGAUAACGACUAGCCUCAAUUCGUUGCUUCCUGUAGUAAUUGGUAGCCUUGCACAGCUCUGCAGGCCAAUGUUUAUAACCUCAUUACGGAUAGUUGAAUACCAGACGAUAUUUUUGUUUCUCAUCAUCAUUCAAGGAGCUCUUCAGAUUGUGCUACCGUCACUGCUGUCCAAUGCUGGCGUUCUCGACUACUCCAUCCUCUUGACUUAUUCUCUUAAUCAGAUCCUCAGCCAGAUUGGACGCAACAUGCCCAAUCAAGUGUUUUCUUUUCUUACAUACGUGUGUACUAAGUACUUUGUAUUCAGCAUACUUUCUCUUUUCCGGCCAGUGGACAUUUUGACAACGAUAUUUAACAAAAUUGUAUAUCAGCGCUCGUAUUGGCCCAUCCGUUCUUAUAGGGCAGCCGCACGCUUUAACCUAGCAAAGCUCUGCGCAUAUAGCUCACACAUGUUAUGCAUAGGCUUUCUUUUUGGCAUAAUAGCUCCGAUAUCUCUUCCAGUGGUAACUAUGGCAUACACACUGAUGGCAGCAGUUGAUAGGCACAAUAUUCUGUAUGUACAUCCAGUCGAUGAUGAAAGCUGGUUAUCACCAGCUCCAAACAUUCUCUUUUUCCUCCAAAACACUAUCUUUGUCGGGUUCACCUUCAUGCUUGUUGCAACUGGUGCAUACUAUCUCCUUCUGACGGGAUGGGUGCGAAUAGUAUGCUUCUCAGCUAAUGUGCUCUUCCUCGCUAUCUCGAUAUUUGUCAAAAAGACCCACGACAGGAAGUACAAGCCAAAUCCCAGGUAUACGGGAGCGUGGAAGGAGACUGGAGUGGAUAGAAAGAGCAUAUUUCAGGUUGAUGAGAGCGUUUGGAAAGUGGACAGCUACCGCGGAAGAUUGGAGUGGGGUAGAGUGGACAAGUUUAAUGCGAUAGGGGAAGAACGGCGUAGAUUGGAUAUAGCAACCAGCGCUAAUGAAGUAGGGACACUGAGAGUUGGCGAGCACUCACUCAGUACCUUUGAGCGACUAGCUUGUUACACCAGAGUGCACACCAUGGCAAGGGAGAGUGCUGACAAUCAGUGA